AUGCUCGCGGGCGAUCAGGAGAUGCGCGCCGAUGCCAUGCGCGCCCUCGAGGUGUGCAUGACUGGAAAGUUCAACAACACUGUGGAGUACCAGAAGCUUCAGCGAGACAGCAACGAUUCCAACUUGGGAAUUGUGCGCGCCGCCGUGUCCAAGUCCUUCACUGUGGAGUGGCGACCGCUGUAUCAGCCGGAAACCCCUGUGGCUUCAAUCGAAGACUUAGAGACGGCGCGACGAGGGUCCUUGCUGCCCUUCCAGCCUCUGCGGUGCCCGACCAGCCCUCUCUGUAUGAAAUGCGUCUGGCCGGCCCGUCGCGAUCGGCUACUGUGCAUCCUCCACAACCUCCGCUUGCCGACCAAAGCGCUGAAGUUGAUCUUGGCCUACGACCGGCCCCACCGCGCGCCUCGCGGCGUCGACCUGCCUCCGAGCACGGAGCUGCGCAUCCGAUGGCAAGAUCCCCUGGCAGAUGAGGAGAGCAUCACGCAGCAGGAGCGGGAGCAGUCAAGCUCCCAGGGGCGCGCAGGAACCGUCACCUGCGAGUACUACGACCCUGCGAGCCUGGCAAUGGAGCUCUAUGCAAUGGCAAUGUACCCUGUGGACGACUUCAAGAUGCUACGGGGUGGACUGCUGCACUUGAUUGGGGAGUUCCAGCUUUGGUGGAGUGCCAUCCUCAACUUCACAGAUUUCCAAUCCUGCGCCCCUCGCGUUGGCCACUACAGGUGGGGCGAGACCGUUGCCAGAAUGGAAAGCCAGCGCAUGUGCAAGUGCCUGCGGUCGGGCUCCGCGAAGAUGCAGUCGCGCUCGCGGUUCGCCUUGCUCAUGUGCAGGGAGCUGUGCAGCGAAACUGCCAACGAGCUGCACAUGCUGCCCCCCUGCGCCUACGCUGAUGCCGAUGAAGAGACGGUGUUUGACGGCGAGCCCGCGCCACGCUGGUGGCUCGACGCGACUGCCGAGUGGGAUCGUGUGCUGGCGAAGAUGUUUGAAGGCAAUGGGGAGCCUGGUUCGAUUGGCUGCUACUAUUAUUGUCUUGGAGGCUGCGCCGCGCCCCCAGCAGGGCCAGACGCAUGCCCAUACUGGCACGAUGCCCUCUGGGGUGCCAACGCGCAUAGUUGCAUCUCCUGCCCGCGGAUAUGCGGUUUCUGUGGGGACUUUGCCGAUGGACUGCGAUGCGGCGCCUGCAAACUCCGCUUUUACUGCUCCGAUGUCUGUCAGAAGGAGGAAUGGAAAUAUCACAAGGCAGAGUGCAGACGCGUGCGGUGA